CACCUAUUAGAGCUUCAAGACCAGGCCCUGCACUGCCAGGUAGGGCAAGGCAGUGUGGUCCCACCUAGAAGGAUCCGCAGAGGCAAGAGAGAGCCUGGCUAAAAGAGGAGUUGCACAUCUGGAGCUAGAAUGUCUGCUGUGGACACGGGCUCGGAGCCCUCUCAGGGGUUGACAGGAGCACAAUUACCAAUGAACGCUGCCCCAUCCUGCAGGGCAGGCCCCUCUGAGGCCACACUACACAGACUGCGGGAGGCCUUCAGCACAGGGAGGACUCGGCCUGCUGAGUUCCGGACGGCACAGCUGCAGGGCUUGGGUCGCUUCUUGCAGGACAACAAGCAGCUGCUGCAAGAUGCACUGGCUAAGGAUGUGGGCAAGUCAGCCUUCGAGUCAGACAUGAGUGAGAUCAUCCUGUGCCAGAAUGAGGUGGACCUGGCCCUCAAGAACCUGCAGACCUGGAUGAAGGAUGAGUCUGUGUCUACCAACUUGCUCACGAAGCUGAGCUCAGCCUUCAUUCGGAAAGAGCCCUUUGGCCUGGUGCUUAUCAUUGCACCCUGGAAUUAUCCUUUGAACUUGAGUGAUGAGGGAGAGCGCUACAUUGCCCCGACGGUGCUGGUAGACGUGAAGGAGACAGAGCCUGUGAUGCAGGAGGAGAUCUUUGGGCCCAUCCUGCCCCUGGUGACUGUGAGGAGCCUGGAUGAAGCCAUUGAGUUCAUUAACAGACGGGAGAAGCCACUAGCACUCUAUGCCUUCUCCAACAACAGCCAGGUGGUGAACCAGAUGUUGGAACGCACCAGCAGCGGGGGCUUUGGAGGCAACGAUGGCUUCCUCUACUUGACUCUACCAGCUCUGCCCUUGGGGGGAGUUGGCAACAGUGGGAUGGGCAGGUAUCACGGCAAGUUCUCCUUUGACACCUUCUCCCACCAACGUGCCUGCCUGCUGCGCAGCCCUGGGAUAGAAAAGCUUAAUGACCUCCGUUACCCGCCUUAUGGUCCCUGGAACCAACAACUGAUAAGCUGGGCCAUGGGCUCCCAGAGCUGCACCCUCCUGUGAAUGCCACCUUGACUCCUCUCUCCUGCUGCCCUGGCUCCAACCUAUCUGAGCUUUCAGCAGCUUCCAAGUCCCCAGUGGUUUCUGAAAGGCAGGUGUCUGAUCCAGCCUGUGAACACCCCACUUCUGGAACUUUUUAUGAAUACACCUGCAGCUAGGCAGAUGUAUACCCCUUUUCAUACCACAGUGCCCUCAGCAGCCUCCUGACCUUCUGCUUAGACAGAGAAGCCCCCUCACCAAGGUUGGGCAGAUCUGGUGACUGAGUGGGACUUUCUUUGUCAGACUGCAACAGGAUCCCAAAAGACAGAGCAGUUGCCUACAACUCCAUCCACACUUGGAGAGUGGCUUUGUCCCACCUGAAGUGACAUGAUAAUGAACCCAGAUCAGAAUAA